CUUUCACGAGCAGCCUGUAAGAACCUCUGUCCCCUCGGCUGCUGCACAAGGCGGUGAGACGCACCCACAGGACCACGGAGAGACCAUGAAGAGCCUGCUGCUUCUCUCCAUUCUGGCCGCCUUGGCCGUGGCAGCGUUGUGUUACGAAUCUCAUGAAAGCAUGGAAUCCUAUGAAAUCAGUCCCUUCAUCAACAGGAGAAAUGCUAACACCUUUAUGUCCCAGCAACAGAGAUGGAUAGCAAAAGCCCAAGAGAGAGUCCGAGAACGCAGCAAGCCUGCCUAUGAGUUCAGCCGGGAAGCCUGUGAUGACUACAAACUGUGCGAGCGCUAUGCCAUGCUUUACGGAUACAAUGCUGCCUACAAUCGCUACUUCCGGCAGCGCCGAGGCGGCAAAUGAGAUUGGGAAAAAUCUCUUUCCAGAGCCUGGCGCCUGGUUUUGUAUUCCCUUGCCGUAGCAUCACUGAACCAUGUAGACAUACACAUUGCUUGUUUCUUACAUGCUCCCGUUUGGCUGCACACCUCCUUCCUGCUCCCAGAUUGAUAAGCAAUGGAAAUGCUGUGUAGUGAAGGUCCAAGGGAAGUUAUAAUGUGCGAUUAUUAACAUAAUAAAAUUCUGAUUGGAUACUUUCA